UUGGGCAUACGAAAGUCUGCUUCCAAGGUUUAAAUUUCUCUCACAUACAACACAGACAACAUAAUGCUUAUCUUCAUUGCGCUGUUGCGGUUCAUGAUUUGUUGCUAUGCAGUCCCGACAGAAUACCACGUGUAUCCUCGCGUAUUGCAAGAACGCUCUACAGCAAGAAAUUUGCUUCUGAAGCUGAGCGAGAAGAUAACUCUGAACCUUGAAAAAAGUACAGUCCUGGUGGACGACCUCCUUUUUGUUACAACCAGCAAAUACCUUCACGAGGUGGAAAUGGUAGACACGUCUCAUAUUCAGCAGAGUAUAUACCAUGACACGCAUUACCAGUCCUCCGUGGCAGUGCGACAGAAAGACGGCAACGUGGAAGUGGAAGGCAUUAUCAAUGACAAUUUGCGAAUUAAGCCUGUCCCACAAGGUGAACGUUCAAUUCAAGGUCAGAUGCUGCAUCUGUUAUUCGAAGUGGAGCCUUUGAAAAUAAAUUUCAGCAAAGCGGAUCAUGAAAUGCCACAUCUCAACGAUAGGAGCAACCACCAGAACAGCAAUGGCGAACUAGAGGAGUUGAACUAUCCUCAAGCACGGGAUUCAAAAGUUGACAAGUUUCAGGUGGAGCUCCACAUCAUUUCCGACAAAGAGCACCAGAGAUUUUACAAGACAAAUCAGGAAUUGAUCACAUACUUGGCCAUCAUGGCGAAUGCGGUGAACUUGAGGUACUUGGACAUGGCCAACCCACAUGUGAAGUUCCUUCUUGUCGGUGUGACAAGAGUUAAAGACCACGACUUCGCUCAAAAUAACGCUGGUGAAAUUGAGGCGGGAGAGAUGUUGGGUGGGCUAGGAAAUUAUAAAAAGGAAGGUAAAAUACCAGGAAAAUAUGACGUCGUGUACCUAAUGACAGGGCUAGACAUGAUAAAAUUUGUCAAUGGAAGAAAGUCAAAGGCCAUUUCAGGGCGCGCAUAUAUCGGCGCAGUUUGUAGGGAUUUGGCAAUGGGUGAAGGUGAGGAUUUACCUAUGACGUACAAUGGCGUGGAUACCCUCGCCCACGAGCUUGCACACACGUUGGGGUCUAAUCAUGACGAAACUCCCGAGUGUCCUUGGGCUGAUGGAUAUCUGAUGAGUUAUGUGGAUGGAGGAUUACGAAAGUAUCGGCUCUCCCGAUGCAGCGAGAACAGCAUUAGACAAUAUGUAGGGAAACUGUCGCAGGAAUGCAUUAGAGUUAUGAACGCGCAAAACCUCAUGAAAGACGAAAACAAAUUUCCAGGGCAGACUGUUCGUGCACAAUUCUUCUGCAAAAGACUUAGACGGCAAAGUGGCCAAGGAGGGCGACGACAAAAAGUCAUCGUGAAACAGGAGGCUGAUUGCCAUAUUCAAUGUUGCUAUCCCUACGCCGGCUAUAUGACUUGUUCCAAAUACAAAAUGCUGGAUGGUAUGAAAUGCAUGCCUGGCAAGACUUGUAGACGAGGUGUUUGUGGAAAGCACUAAUAGCUCAACUGAGAAAGAAUAUUCAUCUUCCGCUUAGAGAGAGCUCUCUUUCUGGAGAGAAAUAAAUAUAUUUUGAUGGAGGCGA